UAUGAAAUAACAAUAUCCAGUUCCAAAAGUAACAAAAAAGGUCAUCAUAAUCAAUCAAAAGUAAAGAAUUCUAUUUUGAUAUACUAGAUCAAAUGUGUUACAUGAAAAUGAUAAUCGAUGCAAUACUUAAAACUAAUAACAAUUCAAUUAUGAUUAAUAGAAAUAAAUUAAGAAUAUUGACAUUCCAAUAGAACUAGAACGUAAAAUAAAAUUUAAUUCUUAGAAAAUGCUAAUAAUUAUAAUGAACAAUCAUAUUAGCAAAUUACUCUAUUGUAUUAAAAGAAUAGCAUUUAAUUAUAAGAUUUCUAAACUUAAAUAGAUGAAUUGAAGUAGAGAAUCCAAUUUAUUGAAUAAAAAUUCUCUAAUUUAGAAGCAACAAGUAAAAAAAAAAAAAACAGAAGAACUGCAGCAUAAAUAGAGAAAAAUUUUGAAGUUAGUUAGAUAUGAUCUAUUUUGUAGUGUCCAUAUAAAAAUUGUUUGAAACAGUAUGGAUCUGAUGUUUCUUUAAAUUUACAUAUUAAAUUUAAGCAUAAUGGUGGAAAUAAGAGUGAACGCUAAAAAAUAAUUGUAAAUAAACAAUUUUAUAAUAAAAGAAAUAAUUACAAGCUGGAGAAAUUGAUGAAAAAGAUAUUAAAAACAUCAACUUACCACCUAUAUGAAUA